AUGGAUCAUUUAAAACAAACGGAGAAUUCAAUUCUCAAUACCGACCAUCAUCAUAAUAAUAGCAGCGCCGGUGAUAUUCCUUCUAAAAAUAAACCCCAAAAAAGAGAAGAAAAACAAGAACAAAAUAGUUGUCAAGAGGGAGAUUCAAAACUAUUAAAUUUAAAUGAUGGUCAUUUUAAAUCUUUUACAAAAAUUGAUAAAAUAAAAACUUAUCAAUUAUGGUUUAAUUCAUUAAAUUGUUUAAAUACACAACAAAAAUUAUAUCAUUUAUAUAAAACGAAUUAUUUCAUCAAAAAUUAUUGUGAAAAUGUGGAACAUUUAAAAAUGAAUGAAAAUGAUUCAUUGAAAAGUAACAAUAUUGUAAAUAAUAAUACAAUGACUACUAAUACUACUCAUAAUAAUAAUGAUAGUAGUAAUGAUAGUGCGAUUAAUAAUAAUGAUAAUAAUAAUAAUGAUAAUACUGUUAAUAGUGACAUGAAUGAUACAAGUAAUAUUAAUAAUUUAUCGAUACCUUCAAAUUCUGCCUUAGAUGCUUUAAUUCAUAUGACCACAUCUACAAUGCAACAAUUAAAACAUGAUGGUGAUUUCUCAGGUAAUUAUUUGAAUUAA